AUGCCACUCGAUAGAUUUCCUGGUUGGCUGUAUGCUGUGUCCUGUGGGCUCCUGCUUCUCUUCCUCCAUGUGCAUGGACAGGACUCAGCCAGCCCCAUCAGGCACACACACACAGGGCAGGUGAGAGGAAGCCUUGUCCAUGUGAAAGACAGUGAUGUUGGUGUCCACACCUUCCUGGGAAUUCCUUUUGCCAAGCCACCUGUAGGACCACUGCGAUUUGCACCACCUGAGCCACCUGAGCCAUGGAGUGGUGUGCGAGAUGGGACCUCCCACCCAGCCAUGUGUCCACAGACUGAUAUAAUGACUUUAGCGGGUGCAAAGGAAAUGAAUCUGAUUGUGACUCCCACAUCGAUGUCUGAGGACUGCCUGUAUCUCAACAUCUACACACCGGCUCAUGCCCAUGAAGGAUCUAACUUACCUGUGAUGGUAUGGAUCCAUGGUGGAGGACUGGUUGUAGGAAUGGCAUCUAUGAAUGAUGGAUCCCAACUGACAGCUACUGAGGAUAUAGUAAUGGUUUCUAUCCAGUAUCGCUUGGGUAUCCUUGGCUUCUUCAGCACUGGAGACCAUCACGCCAGAGGAAACUGGGGCUACCUGGAUCAAGUGGCUGCCCUGCGCUGGGUCCAGCAGAAUAUUGCCUCCUUUGGAGGCAACCCAGGCCAGGUUACUAUUUUUGGUGGGUCAGCAGGAGGCACGAGUGUAUCUUCACAUAUUGUGUCCCCCAUGUCCAAAGGACUCUUCCACAGAGCCAUUAUGCAGAGUGGAGUGGCCCUGCUGCCUGACCUUAUCUCUGAUACCCAUCAGAUGGUCUACACAAUAGUAGCCAACCUAUCAGGAUGUGAAGCCAAGGACCCGGAGGCCAUGGUACACUGCCUACGAGACAAGACUGAAGCUGAGAUUCUGGCUGUGAACCAGGUCUUCAAGUUGAUCCCUGCGGUGGUGGAUGGGACAUUCCUACCUAGGCAUCCUCGGGAGCUAUUGGCUUCUAUGGAUUUUCAUGCUGUUCCCAGCAUUAUUGGUAUAGACAGUGAUGAGUGUGGCUGGGGAAUACCCUUGGUAAGACCUUGCCUUGAUCAUGUCAUUAAGAACAUAACCAGAGAGACCCUGCCAGCUAUUAUGAAGAGCAUAGCAGCACAGAUGAUGCUGCCUCCUGAAUGUAGUGACCUACUAAUGCAAGAAUACAUGGGGGGUGUUGAGGAACCCCAGACCCUCCAAGCACAGUUCAGAGAGUUUAUGGAAGACUUCAUGUUUGUGAUCCCUGCACUCCAAGUAGCACAUUUUCAGCGCUCACAGGCUCCAGUCUACUUCUAUGAGUUCCAGCACCAGCCAAGCUAUAUCAAGUAUAAGGAUGUCAGGCCAUCCCAUGUGAGGGCUGACCAUGGUGAUCAUGUUGCCUUUAUUUUUGGCUCCUACUUCUGGGGCUUGAAAGUUGACUUCACUGAGGAGGAGAAGCUGCUAAACAGGAGGAUGAUGAAGUACUGGGCCAACUUUGCAAGACAUGGGAACCCGAACAGCGAGGGUCUACCCUACUGGCCUGAGUUGAUCCAUGAUGAGCAGUAUCUGCAGCUGGACAUCCAGCCUACGGUGGGCCAAUCCCUGAAGGCCAGAAAGCUACAAUUCUGGACGAAGACUCUGCCCCAGAAGAUCCAGGAGCUAAAGGGGGCUCAGGAAAAGCACACAGAGCUUUAG